UCUCCAUGGCGGCGCCGGCAGCGGGCCCGGUGUUCUGGAGGCGGCUGCUGGGUCUGCUGCCUGGUCGGCCCGGGCUGGCUGCACUCCUGGGCCGCCUCUCCGACCGUCUGGGCAGGAGUCGGGAGCGCCGGCGCCGGAGGUCACCAUGGCUGUUACUGGCUCCCUUGUUGUCCCCAACUGUCCCUCAGGUCACCUCCCCACCUUGCUGCCUUUGUCCCGAGGGCGUGCACAGGUUCCAGUGGAUCAGAAACCUGGUCCCAGAAUUUGGAGUCUCCAGCUCGCACGUGAGGGUGCUUUCUUCCCCUGCAGAGUUCUUCGAGCUCAUGAAGGGGCAGAUACAAAUAGCCAAGAGGCGAGUUGUGAUGGCAUCGCUGUACUUGGGGACGGGACCUUUGGAACAAGAACUGGUGGAUUGUCUGGAGAGCUCCCUACAGAAGUCGUUACAAGCAAAGUUUCCCUCGGACCUCAAGGUCUCCAUUCUCUUGGACUUCACUCGGGGCUCAAGAGGUAGGAAGAACUCUCGCACUAUGCUGCUCCCACUCCUGCAGAGGUUUCCAGAGCGUGUACGCGUCUCCCUGUUCCACACGCCGAACCUCCGUGGACUCCUCCGGCUCCUUAUCCCCGAGCGCUUCAACGAGACCAUCGGCCUCCAGCACAUCAAGGUGUACCUCUUUGACAACAACGUCAUUCUGAGUGGUGCAAACCUGAGUGACUCCUACUUCACCAACCGUCAGGACCGCUAUGUGUUCCUGCAAGACUGUGCUGAGAUCGCAGACUUCUUCACAGAGCUGGUGGAUGCGGUGGGGGACGUGUCCCUGCAGCUGCAGGGCGAUGACACGGUGCAGGUUGUCGACGGGAUGGUGCACCCUUACAAAGGCGACCGGGCUGCGUACUGCAGAGCGGCCAACAAGCGGGUCAUGGACGUGAUCCACUCAGCCAGGACCCGGCAGCAGAUGCUGCACGCCCAGACCUUCCACAGUGACUCUCUGCUGAGGCAGGAAGAGGCUGCAGCUGCUGGUGAUCGGAGGCCAGUGCCUGACACUUGGAUUUACCCACUGAUCCAGAUGAAGCCCUUCGAGAUUCAGAUUGAUGAGAUAGUCACCGAGACCCUGUUGACGGAAGCUGAGCGUGGAGCCAAGGUCUUCCUCACCACUGGCUACUUCAACCUGACCCAGGCUUACAUGGACCUGGUGCUGGGCACGCGAGCCGAGUACCAGAUCCUUCUAGCCUCACCAGAAGUGAAUGGCUUCUUUGGGGCCAAGGGAGUGGCCGGUGCCAUCCCAGCUGCUUAUGUGCACAUUGAGCGACAGUUCUACAGUGAAGUGUGUAGCCUGGGGCAGCAGGAUCGGGUCCAGCUUCAGGAAUACUGGCGCAGGGGCUGGACCUUUCAUGCCAAAGGCCUCUGGCUGUACCUGGCAGGGAGCAGCCUGCCCUGCCUCACGCUGAUUGGCUCUCCUAAUUUUGGGUACAGGUCAGUUCACCGGGACCUGGAGGCCCAGAUUGCCAUCGUGACGGAGAGCCGAGCCCUGCAGCAGCAGCUCCAUCAGGAACAAGAGCAGCUCUACCUGCGGUCGGGUGUGGUGUCCUCUUCCACCUUCGAGCAGCCGGGUCGGCAGGUGAAGCUAUGGGUGAAGAUGGUGACCCCGCUGAUCAAGAACUUCUUCUGAGCACAGGCAGGAAUGGCCUUGAUGAAGAUGACGGGCAUGACUGGGGUCAGAUCCUUCAGCCUUGCUUCAGCAAUA